GUUCUCUGCUCUGCUCCUCCCUCAGUACUUGUAUAAAAUGAGGCACCUAGCAGAGAUCAGUCUCUGACAAAAACUCUCCUGUUUUCAGUCUUCUUGUCCAUCUCACCCACCGCUGCCAUGUUUGUUGCUCCACCCGGCUAUCAGCCAAUCUACAGCCCUUGCAUUCCCUACCUGGGGCCCAUUUAUGGAGGCCUGAGGGAAGGAGUGUCCAUCUACAUCCAGGGGUCCAUCCCUGAAGACAUCACCAGGUUCUAUAUCAAUCUGCUCUGUGGAGAGUCUGAGGCCAGCGACAUCGCCUUGCACUUCAACCCUCGGUUUGAUGGCUGGGACAAGGUGGUGUUUAACUCCUGCCAGGGUGGAUGCUGGGAGUCGGAGGAGAAGAUUCGUAGUAUGCCUUUCUGCAAGGGCCAGCUCUUUGAAAUGGUCAUCAUAGUCACUAUACAGGGCUACCAGAUUAGAGUCAAUGGGAAUGACUUCCACACCUUUGCGCACCGUCUCCCCAUGGAGCGAGUUUGUGCGAUGCAGAUUGCAGGAGAUGUUUCUGUCCAGACCAUUAAUGUCAUCGGGGGUGGAAUGGGAGGAGGAAUGGGAGGAGGAAUGGGAGGAGGAAUGGGAGGAGGAAUGGGAGGAGGAUAUCCAGGAGGUGGCAUGGGGGGAGGAUACCCAGGCGGCAUGGGAGGAGGAAUGGAUGGAGGAUAUCCAGGAGGCGGCAUGGGGGGUGGGUAUCCAGGAGGCAUGGGAGGUGGUAUGGGGGGAGGAUUUCCAGGAGCAAAUCUGCCGGGUAUGGGUGGACAGCCAGUCUACAAUCCUCCCGUUCCCUACUCCAACAUGAUCCCAGGAGGGAUGUUCCCUAAGAAGACCCUGAUCAUCAGAGGCAUGGUGCCCUAUGGAGCUGACAGAAUGAGCAUCAACUUCAUGGUGAGCAGAUGUCGGGACAUCGCCUUCCACAUGAACCCCAGAGUGAGAGAGGGAAUUGUGGUGAGAAACAGCAUGCUGGGAGGUAACUGGGGCCAGGAGGAGAGGGAGCUGGGCAUGUGUCCCUUCAUGGAGGGACAAUACUUCGAUAUGUCGAUUCGUUGCGGGAACCAGAGGUUUAAGGUGUUUGUGAACGGGCAGUUCUUGUUUGACUUCUUCCACCGCUUCCAGUCCUUCAGUGAGAUCGACCUGCUGGAGAUAGAAGGCGACAUACAGAUCUCCUACAUCCACUUCUGAGACCACACACAUCUUUGUACUCAACUAUGAAGACAGUUCUUUCAGGGUUUUAUAUCAGAACAUAUGUGAAACUCUGAAAACACAAAAUGUUACCUCAUCCUCUGCUCUACUGAUUAUACCCGGUUAUCUGAAAUAACAAACAUGUCACAAACACAUUUUAUAUGAAUAAAAUUAAUACCGUCGA